AUGGCACCUUACAUGAUGGAAAUGUUGGGUGAAGAAACUGAGGCAGAAAAGGCACUUCUUAAAGAAAUGGCUGAAAUAGUUGAUUCCCUUGUGGUUCCAGCAGAUGUCAUGGACAAAAUUUUGUCUUAUGCCGGGGAAGAGCAGCAACAAGAAGAGCCGUACGAACGGGCCAUCUUCAGAGACUUCAUGGACAAUUUCCACGGAAUGAGCAGAGAAAAUGUUGAAACUGUUUAUUUGGACUUGACAGAUGCUAAGGAAGAAGAAAAUCCACCUAACGGAAAUGUUUUUGAUGAGGACGCAUUAUUUGGCUUUUCAAAUCAGACGCUCGCUGACCAACCUUCCGAGGAGAACAUACAAAAUGACAAUAGAAAUAUUGUUGAACAAACCGAGGACGGUUUUGCAACUCCUGCUCCUGCUGAGGAACGUCCAGAAGAUUUGUUCGAAAGUCUAAUCCACAACAAGUUACGAGAGCCUGAUCCCGACGAAGACUGGGAUGAUCCAGAGCCGAUAAAAUUGCGUCUUCGUCCCGGAACCAUGCAAUACGUUGCUGAGGAAAAACAAACUCCUCCAGACGUUCAGGAAGGAAAAUCGAAGAAAGGGAAGAAGAAAAAGAAGAAGAAGAAAAGAGUGGAGGAGGAAGAAGUGUCCCUUGAGGUUUUACAGGAAGAAAUUGGAGAUGCCGCUGUACCUAAUGUUGUGAAAACUCUGAUGGAAAGUGGAGAGCUGCAGGUUACGAAGAAAAUCGUGCCCGUCCCGGAGGAUCCUCAGAACAUAUCUGAGGAAAAGAUAAUAUUGGAGGAAGCGCAGGUGGAGGUUUCAGAGAAAGAGGCUAAAGAAACAACAAUAAUUAUAGAAGAAAAACAAGAUGUUUCUCCUCCGAUUGAGUUAUUGGACAACCCGCAAGAACAAAAUAUGGCUCUCGAGGAUGACAUGAAUAAAGCACCAGCAGCAGCAGUAGAAGAACAGGAAAAACCUAAAGAAGAUCCAACUGUGGUGGAGGUUGCUGAAAUAUUAUUAAAAAUGCUCAACGGGGCGGCGGUGGGCUCAAACGAACAGGACAACCAACCACCUGCAGAAAAGUUGCCAGACGUUCAAAGUGAAGCUGAACAGAAAGUUGUUCCGGUAGCUGUGGAGAAAGUUCCUGAUGAAGCGCAAACGAAGAAAGGGAAAAAGAAGAAUAAGAAAGAGAAAGAACAGAUUCCACAAGCAGAAGUUGAAAGAAACAAGGAAAAUUUGCUCAAAGAAAAAGGUUUGCCAGGCUUGGGUAAGGAGGAUAAUGUCUUGGAAGAGCAAGGACACGCGAUUGACAUAACGGAUCAUUUCUACAAAUUCGACUUUGAAAAAGGAUUGGAGAAAGUUUCCCACUUUCCUCUGAACCAAAAAGAAAAAGAAACCGAUGAGUGGGAAUGUCUAGCGCCUGUCAGCUUGCCUUAUGUCCCAGAAGUCAGACGAUUCCUUGACCUAGAGAAAAAUCCGAAGUACAAAAAGGAAGAACCGAAAAUGAAAGUACAAACACUGGCAGAUGUCACCAAUUCGAAAAAGAACAAACCGAUGAAAAAGAAAACCCAUUCUAAAUCAGAGAUAUCCAUCGUUAAUUUACCGAUGAACGUGGUGGAAGAAAAAUCAGCCGUGCAAAGUGAUCAACCAGAUCCAAUUGUUGUCUUGAAACCAAUCGAAGAGCCUUCCGCUUCCGAGGAGCAGAAAAAGGAAAAAAAUGAUUCUGCCAAUUUGGAAAAUAUUCCAAGAAAAGAAGUGCCAACUCCCGAGAAAAUCAGAUCGGUAGAAAAAGCUCCUCCAGUCCAGUUUCCACCUGAAUCAGUCGUGACAAGUGUUCAACCAGAUCCGAUUGUUGAAAAGACAGUCGUAAAACCUGCAAUCGAAGGUCCGUCUGCUCAGGACGAAUUCAGGGCACCCGCGGAGAAGAAAGAGGAUAAAAAUGACACCGUCAUUUUGGAAAAUAUUCCAAGAAAAGAAGUACCAAUUCCCGAGAAAAUAAAAUCGGUAGAAAAACCUCCUCCGGUCCAGUUUCCACCUGAAUCAGUCGUGACAAGUGUUCAACCAGAUCCGACUGUCGAAGGUCCGUCUGCUCAGGGUGAAUCCAGGGCACCCGUGGAGCAGAAAAAGGAUGCUGUCAAAUGGGAAGAUAUCCCAAGAAAAGUGCCAAUUCCCGAGAAGAAAAAAACAGUAAGAUUUCUAGACCCAGUCCACUUUCCACCACUACCAGUCGUGAAAAGUGUUCAACCAGCUCCGAUUGUUGAAAAGAGAGUUUUAAAACCUGCGAUCAAAGGUCCAUCUGCUCAGGGCGAAUUCAAGGCACCCGUGGAGCAGAAAAAGGAUAAAAAUGAUUCUGUCAAUUUGGAAAAUAUUCCAAGAAAAGCAGUGCCAAUUCCCGAGAAAACCAAACCGGUAGAAAAAUCUUUUCCAGCCCAGUUGCCGCCUGAAUCAGUCGUGGAAAGUGCUCGUCCAGCUCCGAUGGUAAUUUUGAAGCGAGUUUUAAAUCCUGCAAUCGAAGGUCCGUCUGCUCAGGGCGAAUUCAAGGCACCCGCGGAGAAGAAAGAGGAUAAAAAUGACACUGUCAUUUUGGAAAAUAUUCCAAGAAAAGAAAUGCCAAUUUCCGAGAGAAUACAAUCUGUAGAAAAACCUCCUCCAGUCCAGUUUCUACCUGAAUCAGUCGUGACAAGUGUUCAACCAGCUCCGAUUGUUGAAAAGAGACUCGUAAAACCUGCGAUCCAAGGUCCGUCUGCUCAGGACGAAUUCAGGGCACCCGUGGAGCAGAAAACGGAAAAAAAUGACACUGACAAAAUUAGAAUCAUCCAAGGAAAAGAAGUGCCAAUUCCCGAGAAAAUAAAAUCGGAGGAAAAAGCUCCUCCAGUCCAGGUGCCACCUGAAUCAGUCGUGAAAAUUGUUCAACCAGAUCCGAUUGUAAUUGAGAAGAAAGUCGUAAAACCUACUCAGGGCGAAUUUAAGGCGAAGAUGGAGGAGAAGAAAAAGGAUAAAAAUGACACUGUCAUAUUGGAAAAUAUUCCAAGAAAAGAAGUGCCAAUUUCCGAGAAAAUAAAAUCUGUAGAAAAACCUCCUCCGGUCCAGUUGCCACCUGAAUUAGUCGUGACAAGUGUUCAACCAGAUCCAACUGUUGAAAAGACAGUCGUAAAACCUGCGAUCCAAGGUCCGUCUGCUCAGGACGUAUUCAGGGCACCCGUGGAGCAGAAAACGGAUAGAAAUGACUCUGUCGAUUUGGAAAAUAUUCCUAGAAAAACAGUGCAAAUUCUCGAGAAAACCAAAUCGGUAGAAAAACUUCCUCCAACCCAAUUGCCGCCUGAACCAGUCGUGAAAAGUGUUCAACCAGCUCCGAUUGUAAUUUUAAAGAGAGAUCUAAAUCCUGCAAUCGAAGGUCCGUCUGCUCAGGGCAAAUUCAAGGCACCCGCGGAGAAGAAAGAGGAUAAAAAUGACACUGUCAUUUUGGAAAAUAAUCCAAGAAAAGAAGUGCCAAUUCCCGAGAGAAUAAAAUCGGUGGAAAAAGCUCCUCCAGUCCAGGUGCCACCUGAAUCAGUCGUGACAAGUGUUCAACCAGCUCCGAUUUUUGAAAACAGAUAUUUAAAACCUGCGUUCCAAGGUCAGUCUGCUCAGGGCGAAUUCAGGAUGUACCGCCUUUUGGGAACAACAAAUCAGCACGACCUGCAGUCGAGUUUCCGCCAAGACCGAGUGAUGAAAGUUAUCAAUAUGGGGAAACAAACGAUGUUUGGACUGCUUUGCGUGCUUUGGGGAGAGGUCAGGAAAGGCUCGAAUGGACCUUACAAGAUCGGUUAA